AUGAAAGGCAAAGGCAAAACCAAAGGUGCAAAAACCAAAAACAUGGACAAACUUAUCGCUGCCGUGCAGGCGAGGGAGUGUUUGUGGGAUAAAAGUUAUAGGGGCCACAGAAAUCGCUUUAAAUUGGAGAGAUACUGGAAUGAAGUGGCAGCAGAAGUCGGAACAACAAGUCUAAACUGUAGGAAAAAAUGGAAGAAUCUCAAAGAUCAAUGUCGGAAAGAGAUAAAAAAGAAUCAAGAAGAGUCAGACUGGCCACAUUUCGAGAAAUUGAAAUUUAUUCACAAUCAGUUUGUAGUAGAUGAAGAAGAAGCAGAGGAUACCGCUGAAGAAGUGUUCAAUUCUUUAGAUGAAUCAAUAAAAACACCGAAACUCGGUUACACAAUGCGUAAAAAGCUGCUUAUGAAUAAACGAAGAAUAAUAGAUGUUGAUAUGGAUAAAUUAAUUGAGCUAGUGAGGACGAGAGAGAUUAUAUGGAACAGGCAGUUGAAGGGUCAUCAUAAUUGGUACAAACUAGAUGAAGCUUGGAAGGAAAUUGCCGCUGAUUUGGGAGUUACACGUGACGAAGCGAGGCUUAAAUGGAAGUACCUACGUGACCAAGCGCGAAAGGAAAUGCGGAAACAAGAUUCUGACUGGGCGCUGCUACCUAAACUUCAGUUUCUUGAGAACCAAUUCUUCGACAACGAUGACGCUGAAUUCGCUGAUGAUUCCUAUAGUCAAGAUUUCGAUGCGGAGCAACCAAGCGAUUACUACACCAAUGCUGAACCUGAAACAGCGGCCGUUGAUGAAGAAGUAGCCCAUGAUACCCCAGCAAGAGAUGAUGAGUUCGACGAAUUUGAUACCAAACCUAUUAUAAUGGAAACUGACUUUUAUGACGAUGAUGAGGAAAUACAGAAGUGUGGUGAAACGACGGAAGUUGCCAAGGAUGAAGAUAUAGGUUUCUUUAACAGUCUCUUGCCACAUGUGAAGAAGCUUGGGCCGGCCAAGAAAUUAAUGCUAAGAAUGAAAAUACAAGAGUUAGUAUAUAAUACAGUUUACAAUACAUAG